GACAGAGAUUAUCAGACUAAAACACCUGAAAACCACUGGACAGACUCACACCUGAUACUCAACGCAGAAAGCAAAAUUAUUUGAAAAAAUCAAGAAAUGUCUGGAAAAAAAUGGGUUCUCCUUGUCGCCGGCUCAAAGGGCUGGAAAAAUUACAAACAUCAGGCCAAUGUGUGCUGUCACUAUCAGUUGAUUAAGAGACAAGAAAUUCCUGAUGAUCAGAUUGUGACGAUGAUGUAUGAUGACAUCGCUGAUCAUCACAAUAACCACCACAAGCAACACAUUCUCAGUGUACUGGGUAAUGAAAACGUGUAUAAAGGAGUUCUGAAGGAUUACACUGGAAAGGAUGUGACCCCACAGAACUUCCUGAAUGUUCUUCAAGGGAAUGAGUGCACUAAUAAGAAAGUCAUAGACAGUUGUAAAGAUGACAACAUCUACAUCUACAUGACCGGUCUAGGGACGGAAAGCACGUUUGAAUUUCCUGAGGAGUCUCUUCAUGCCAGUGAAUUCAUUGCAGCAAUUCAGAACAUGACUGACAAGAAUAAAUUCUCCAAGAUGAUCAUAUUCGUGGACAGCAGUUAUUCUGCAAACUUGUUCAAAAACCAAUUGACUGACAAUGAGAAAGGCAAGUUAAGCUCUCUUAUAAGGCUCACGCUGGUUUUAUUUGAAAGUUCUGUGUCUAUAAUCCAUUUGUUUCAUCUGUUCUGA